CAGAAUGUAUAUUGCCUUUAGUAUAUUGACUUCUUCGAUUGACACAUAAAAAAAUUUUAUUUUUAAUUAUUCUUUAAGAAAAUGGGUCGCAGUCAGGAUGAAAAUGAUCGGACAAAAAUGCGUUGGGGACCACGGAGAAUUGUGCGCAUACAAAGGGACUCGGAAAAUAAUUUUGGCUUUAGCAUCAUCAGUGGAAUGGUUGACACAAGCAAUGCAAAUGGAAGUAUCAAACGUGGGAUUUUUAUCAAGAGUGUUGAGCAAAUGAGCCCAGCUGGAAUGACUGGAAACUUACGAAUUGGUGACCGUAUUGUCGAAAUUGACGGUUUCGAAAAUCAAACUCAUGAUCAAGUUGUUGAAACUAUAAGAAAAAGCAAAGGUGUCAUUGAGCUUGGGGUUCAGUCUUUAGUAUUUUCGAGUUCAGAAACAAUAAAUGAAGAGAAUAACAAUGAAGAUAUAAAUAGCAUUGAUAAUCAACAAAAAAUGACAACAAAUAAAUCUGCAAUGAGAUCAAUUGAGAGGGAUCUUUCGAAAGACAUAAUCUCUGAACGAAAGGAAAAUGAUAAUGGAAAUCGUAAAUCAAUCCUUCGGAAGCAACGAACAUCUUCAAUAAAGAAUUCAAAUGCACCAAUUGCUAAACAAAAAAGUGAAGUUAAAGAUACUAAUCAAGAUGCUGAGAUUAAAAAAAAAUUUAGCUCUGAUGAAAGUUCAGAAGAUGAAGAUUCACGAUUUAUGGAAGGAAAUUUGUACACAAAAGGUGGCAUGGAAAUAUCUAGAAAAAGUGCUGGCAAUGUUAAGCGUUCUCAAGCAGAAAUAGAGGCAGAUCCAGAACAAGAAGAUGAAUUUGGAUAUACAAUGCAAAAAAUUCGAAAAAAAUAUAAAAGUCUUGGUAAAGAAGUUAUGUUGGUUACUAUCAAAAAAAAUAUUCAGAAUGUGGGAAUUUCAUUAGCUGGCCAUCAUGAUAGAACAAAGAUGGCAGUAUUUAUUUGUGGCUUGCAUCCACAAGGUGCAGCUUUUGAAUGUGGACAACUUAAAAUUGGUGACGAAAUAAUAGAGGCAAAUGGACAUAUACUGAAAGACAGAUGUCAUCUUAAUUCAUCUGUCGUUAUAAAAAGUUUGCCUGGUAAUAAUCUCAAACUCGUGAUACGUAGACGGCCGACAACUGAUGAACUGGCAAUUCCACCAGUCACAAUAUUUCCAAGAACACUUGAUGACUCGGAUCAAUACACUGAUUUUGAAGGAGUACGAACUAUAAUGGCGAAAAAGGGUCAUUAUGGUUUGGGAAUAAUGAUUGUAGAAGGCAGACAUGCUGAUGUAGGAAAAGGCAUUUUUAUAUCUGAUGUGCAAAUUGGAAGUGUGGCCGAAGAAGCUGGCCUAGAAGUUGGUGAUAUGAUAUUAGGUAUAAAUUCAGAUACUUUACUCGAAUGUACAAAUGACGAGGCAACUCAAAUAUUAAAAAGAGCAGAAGGAAUGGUGAAAUUAGUUGUAUGUAAUCCAAAUAAAAACAAAAAAGAAGCUGCAUCAUCAGAUCCAAAAGCAUCAUCAACCACAAAAGAACCAGGAUCAAAAGAUGAUCCAAAAAAUAAUAAAGAGCCAGCAAAGCCAAGUGAAGCUAAAAAACCAGAAGCUGCAGUUGUCAAAGUCGUUACUGGAAAACCUGUAACAAUUGAAUUAACAAGACCAAAAGAUUCUGCAAUUGGAAUGAUUGUAUGUGGAGGAGCCAAUACACCAUCAGGUGGUGUGUUUGUAUUGGACGUUUAUCCUGGUGGAAUUGUAGAAAAAGAUGGCAAGAUUAAACCAGGUAACUUAAUUCUUGAAUAUGGAGGUGAAAAUUUUAAAACUGUCGAGUAUCCAAGAGCUCAAACACUGGUUCUAACAAUGUCUGGAGUGAUUAAAAUAAACGUCUUACAAGAUGAGCCUAAAACCGAACAAGUAGAUGUUGAAUUACAAAGAAAACCAGGAAAAGGUGUUGGAAUUUCAUUGACUGGAUUUAAAAAUGGAAAUGGAGCUUACAUAACUGAACUGCUUGAAGGUGGCAGUGCAUUAGAAUCUGGGCUGCUAUCUAUUGGAGAUCAAAUAACAUCAAUUUGUAAAGAAGAUGUCAAGAAUAGUCCAAUUGAUAAUAUUAUAACACAAAUGAAAAUAUCUGAUCCUCUUCAAUUUCAAGUGACACGAUAUAAAGUAUCAAAAUAAAAAUUUAUAUAUUGUACAAGUGAGUUGCGAGAUGAUAUUCAAAAAUAAAUAAAAAAUUCAUAAACUUUUUUGAAUAUCAAUAACAUAAUAAUAUUGAAAAAUUGUUUACUAUAAUUUAAUUUCAAAUUUCCAGCUGCGAAGAUUAUGCAUUUAUUAUUCAAUACAGUGUAGUUGUCAAUACAUUUUUGAUUGAAAUAUAAUUUUCAAUGUAUCAAUGAUAAUUAUUUAAUAAUACUGUGCAUCAUUAUCUUUUUAUUUCGUUAUCAAUUUAUGAUGAUAAUUAUUUAUUAAUUAUUUUAGUUUACAUGUACAACGAGAAAUUUGUCAUCAAUAAAUUUGAAAUCACC